AUGAAUCGAUUAGAAAAACUACAAACUUUAUUAUUUGAAUACAAUGUUGAACAUUUUAGUGUAAUUUCUGGAGAAAAUUUUGAAAAUAAAUUAUUUCUUUAUCUGAAAAAACAUAAAUUACAUCCGAAAAAAUUCACAUUUUACCAAUUCAACGGUGGAAAAUUAUUACAUAAAUCUAUAUACGAACAAAAUGAAAAAUUAUCUCUUCGAUUUGGAAAUUUUAAUAUUAUUGGCAAUGACGGUAUCGAUAUCUCAUAUGAAUGGAAUGGAUACCCAUUAUACAUUCAAGCAAAAUUUCGAAAUCUAUGCACAAUUUGUAAAAAUAAAAACAAUAAAUCUUGUUUACACAAUUAUUAUUAUGAUGCAAUGAAAGAAGAUAUUUUAAAAUUUGAUAAAAAACUAUCAGAAUAUAAAAUACCUAUUUUUGGAAUGUUUAUCGUUAAUGAAUUUGUUGAUCUUCCUUAUA